AUGACCACAGAAAUCGCGGCUGGUACCCCUCUGGCCGAGGCCUUGAGCAAUGCCAUCCAGCCCAAACUUGCAGAAAUGGGCUGGACCUCCGAUGGCGGCGACGAUUCAGCUUUGAUUGAAUACAUUAUCCUGAUGCUUGUCAACGGCAAAAGUCAAGAACAAAUUGCAAGCGAACUUUCCAACGAUUUGCUCGGCCUUGGCAGUGAAGGAGAUACACAAGCUUUGGAGUUCUCUAGGUGGCUUUUCGAACAGGUCGAAGUCCUCAAUCGACAGAUCAACGGCGGUGGCGCACCGAUCGCAAACGAGACGGCACAGGCUAUCCCGUCGUUCGACGACCAAACAGCGACUUCACAAGAGAUCCCUGGAGGAGGAGAUCAGGAUGCCACUAUGAGCAUGGUUGAUGGCUCGCACACGGAUGAUUCGAUGUGGGUUCCCGCUCUAAGGCACCUGUCACGGAUUUCAGCUAACAAUGACGGACUCAGACCUACAGGACCGAAGGCGAUGCGUGGCGGACGCCAAGGUGGUAGGGGUCGGAUGUUGAACCAGAUCAACAGAGCGUUAGAUCGCAACAGUGACUCAACUUUACACCGUGUCCGCGGUCAACAUGGCCGGAUCAAUUCUCAUGGUCGGGACCAAACUAAAGGACGGCCUCAUCAGAACGGCGGGGGUAGGCGGCAAAUGAAUAACGGACUGCCCAUGGGUGCCGCCCAAUCGAUGAUGAACAUGAGCCCGCAAGAUCAGAUGCACUUGAUGUCUCUGCUAGAGGAACAAGCUCGGAUGAUGGCACAGCUCAUGCCAGGAUUUGUCUCGCCUGCGAUCAACCCAGCGUUUCAGCAAAACAACCAACAACAACAAGGGCGCUCGUUGUUUGACCGUGUUGAGCGUCAAGGACGUCCGCAUGGUAACUUCUCUAAUCGUGCCCAGCACCAUGGCAUCUCGGCAAAAUCACCCACCGAGGGCGACAUGGAUACCAAGCCUGAUGGCGCACAGGAUGAGAGCAACACCGACAGUGUCUGCCGCUUCAAUCUGCGCUGUACCAGAAAAGACUGCCCCUUCGCGCACCAGUCACCGGCCGCCCCGGAAGGCACUCCUGUGGACGUGGCCGAUAUAUGCACAUACGGCGCCGCGUGCAAAAACCGGAAAUGUACAGGGCGUCAUCCUUCGCCUGCCGUCAAGUCCGCACACCAGGCCGAGGAACUCUGCAAGUUCUUCCCCCACUGUACCAACCCUCACUGCUCCUUCAAACACCCCUCAAUGCCUCUGUGCCGCAACGGUGCCGACUGCUCUACGGAAGGUUGCAAAUUCACCCACCUUCAAACACCUUGCAGAUUCAACCCAUGCCUCAACCCAGGCUGUCCUUACAAGCAUGCGGAGGGCCAGAAAGGUGCCUUUUCCGACAAAGUCUGGACUGCGGAUCAGAACAAGGCCCGUGUGAGCGAGAGGAAGUUUGUUUCAGAUGAGGAUGCUGCUGAAGAGCUGAUCAAGCCGGGUGCUGCAAGCGAGGAUGGUACUCAGAACCAGGAAAUUAUAACGUGA